GACCCAAGCAGACUUUGGAAUUGCACCCGGAUGGUGCCAGUGGUGGGCCCAGGCCAAGCCAGCACCACGUGCUUGUCCACAGCCGCACCUGGCUCCUGGGCCCUGCCUCAGCACAGAUAAGAGGAAUAAGCUAUAGCGAUACGAGGCACCUUGAUCCUAUCCUCUCGGUAUAGCUACAGUGGUAAGAUCUCACCCCCCUGAACUGCCAGUCACCCUGGGCCAAGAGGAGAGGAUAGAGCAGCCCUGGCUGUCCUCUCGGCCUCCGAGGAGAUGUGUCCCUGGGGAACAAGGAGUGUGACUAGCAGGUGGCCAUCACUGAUCUGUCCCAAGAGACCACAGGGCGGGGGAAAUCAGGCCCCCAGCUCCAAGGGUGGAAAAGGAGGAUUUGUCUGGGGCUUGGAGGCUCUUUCCUUCACUUGCUCACUGUGGGCCCAUGAGUGUGAAAGGCAUUUUGGGAACACAGGGAGCUCUCCAUAAGCACCGUACAGGGCUGGGGAGUGGGGAGACCAUUGGGAGCAGCCGGUGCCUGCUGCCCAGUGGGGAAAUCUGGACUCCAGGAUCUGCACAGUGCAACUAUAAACCACAUCCUCCCUGGCAGAUUUCACAACCCUGCCAGUCAUUGCCUCAUCUGCCCUGAACCUUGGCCUACAAAGCUCAGCAGUAAAGGGCACCCAUUCCAUGCAAACCUGGGCCCCCCUUCACCGCAACCAGCGUGGUGAGUCUCUAGGGGGCUGAGUUCUGGGGUGUCAGUGACCUGGUUUGAGAAGGGCAGCCUUCCUUCUGCCUUUCCAGGCUCUGUUGCUAUCUUGGGUACCUGGCCCCCAUGACCAGCAUAUCUGAGCCCCUCAAUCCAGAAGAGACUUAUCCUCAUGCCCCUCCCUCCCAUGCACAAGAGCUGUACUCGGGUAGCAGCCUCAGCCAUGGGAGGCCCGUGGUGAACUUCCUGGGCUGUCACAGGCCUCUGGUGUGACCCUGGGCAAGUCACUUAGCCUCUGUGCAGUGGGGAUGCUAGUCCUGUCCUGCCUCAUGGCGGUGCAAGGGAAAUGCACAACGAUUAUGCCACGUGUUGAGAGCCACUGAUGCUCUCUACGAGGUAUAAUUAUUGUUCUACAGACGGGAACAGAGGCACAGCGACCAACCAAAGCUCACUCAGGGAGCAAACCAAAGCUGGGAACUGAAUCCUGGUCAUCUGGCUCUCAAGGUAGGGCCUAGCCACAGGCCCAGCCUUCCUCUCCAUGCUCAACCUCUACAGUCCAAUUCCUGAACCUCUGACACCUUCCCCUUCCUUCCGCUGUGCAUGACGCACUACCAGGGCUAGGUCCAGCACGGCGACCCUCUUUCGGGGAGUAGUUCCACUGGAGCACAGGGCGAGGGCUGCUCCCAUGCAUGUGGGUCUGCAGGGCUGGGCCCUUUGCAGAGAAGGGUAGCAGCUCUCAAAUGCCGACAGUGUUACUGCUCCAGUGUGUCGAUGCACUCAGCAUCCCAAGAGUGGUGGUGUCUCCUCAGAAGCAGCCAGAAGGGGAUGGAUGAGGCCAGCAGGAGGGGACGGCUGGCAGCGAGAAGGGCAGUGUGAGGACCAGGCUGUGGAUGGGGUUCAUUGCCCUGGGUCAGAGAGGCUGGCCCUGCAGGAGGACCCCUGGGGAAGAAGACUCAGUGAUGCGAUCCGGAGCAGAUGAAGGACUCGGGGAGGUGGAUGGAGCCGGUGGAAUAGGCAUGCCGGGGGUUACAACAUGGCAGUGCCAGGCAGAGCCUUCAGGAAGAGGAAGAGGGAAGUGAGUGCAGUCCCGAGGCCUCCCUUGUUAGCAGACAACCUGACUGGGGCCCUGUUCUGAGCUUCAGUGCUCCUUUCAACCUUCCUGACAAAGGCUCCUACCCAGAUGGUUUUGGGAACGGUGGAGGCAGGCUGUCAAUAAGGCCCUUCAUUCCCAUCCAGGCGUGGCAGCUGUAGUAGGAUGGUAGCUCACACUCGAUGGAUCCCAGACCUGCUCAGAGCUGAGGAGCUCAGGUGACCUUUGGAGUCAAGGAUACUGGAGCGGCGUUUCCUCCCCUAGCAUGGGGCUUUCAUUCCUGGUUUGCCUCUCCCUGGGGUUCAUGCUCACUGGAGUUUCUUUCAGCACUUGGCAGUGCCCACGGAUUCCCUAUAAUUCUACCAGGGACUUCACCGUCAAGUACGAGCUGCCCAGCUUCACCGCGGAUGGCCCCAUCCAGAACAUUGUCACCUACAAGGAUUCGAGCGGAGCAGCCGCCCUCUUUGUGGCGGUGCGGAACAAGAUCUAUGUGGUGACCCAAGCACUAGCAAACUCAUCCAUCAUCGUGACCGGCCCCGUGGGCAGUGCCCAGUGCGAGAUCUGUGCCCAGUGCCAGGAGCUGGGAGCUGUCCGGAAGCCUGAAGACACAGAUAACGUGGUUCUGGUGCUGGACCCAUCUGAGCCGUGGCUAUACAGCUGUGGCACUUCCCAGCAUGGCCGGUGUUUCCUGCACGUAUUGGAAAUCCAAGACAGCCUGGUGGUGGUUAGUACCACCUACUGUUUGUAUUCAGCGGACAACAGUCCUGCUGAGUGCCCAGACUGCGUGGCCAGCCCCCUGGGGACGAGGGUCCUGGUGACUGAAACCAGCCAUGUUUCUUACUUCUACAUUGCCUCUACCAUCAAUAGCAGUAUAGCUGCGAGGUACAGCCCAGAAUCGGUGUCUAUCCGGAGACCGAAGGCUACCUUGGAUGGGUUCUCCCAUGUUUCCCGUUCCCUCAACGUGCUGUCAGAGUUCCAGGACUCCUACCCCAUUGACUACGUGUAUUCCUUCAGUGCCCAGGACUUUGUGUACUUCCUGACUGUCCAAAAGGAGAGCCCCAUGUCCGGAUCGUACCACACGCGGCUGGCGCGGCUGAGUGCCGAGGAGCAUGACAUGCAUCAGUACCGUGAGCUGGUCCUGGAUUGCCGCUUCGAGUCCAAGCGCAGGCGGAGGCAGAGCUUGGACAGGGAGCACAAGCGCGAUGUGGCUUUCAACGUGCUGCAGGCAGCCCAUGUGGCCAGGCCGGGCCCAAAGCUGGCCCAGGAAAUCAGCGUCAACAACACUGACCUGGUCCUGUUCGGUGCGUUCGCUGAGAGUGAGGCAGAGAGUUCCGUGCCGCGCUGGUACUCGGCGGUGUGCGCCUUCCCUGUGCACCAGAUCAACCAGGCCAUUGAGGAUGGGAUGUCCAAGUGCUGUGGUGUUGCCCAGCGUGAGCUGCUGCGAGGGCUCAGCUUCUUCCAGGCCGUUGAGUACUGCCCCCACAACGUGAACCUCUCGUCUCCGGUGGUGGAUACCAGCUGCUGGAACAAGCCCACCCUGGUCACCACGGCCCCCUACAAGGUGGAUCUGUUCAAUGGGCACAUGGUCGGAGUUCUGCUCACCUCCAUCUUCGUGGAGGCCCAGGGCAAUGUGACUGUUGCCCACCUGGGCACGGCGGAGGGGCGCAUCAUGCAGGUGGUGCUUCAGCGAUCCAGCUCCUACACUGUCACCUUGGCUAAUUUCUCCCUGGGCAAGCAGCUGCCGGUGCUGCGGGAGGUUGGUCGGCUGGAGGACUCUCUGUUCUUCGCCACUGGAAACAAGGUGUCUCAAGUUGCCCUCACUGGCCCGGGCUGCCGCCACUUUCUGACAUGCCAGCGCUGCCUGCGGGCGGAGCGCCUCAUGCAGUGCGGCUGGUGCGGGGGCACGUGCACUCGGCAGAAGGACUGCGCGGCACUAUGGACUGAGAAGAGCUGCCCUCCUGUCCUCACUGAUUUCUACCCCCGAAGCGCCCCCUUGCAUGGCCGCACCCGGGUGACGCUCUGCGGGAUGGGCUUCCAGUCGCGCCCGCACUUCGCCACCGCCGUUGGGUCCCCCGUGGCCGGCAGCACCUACUGGGUGACGGUGGGGCAGAGGACCUGCACCGUGCUGCCUGAGAAGAGCCUGGACAGGAGGCCCCCUGUGCUGCCCCGCACCAAGGCCGCUGUGGACGUGCUGGUAUGCGAGCUGGAGCUGAACAGCACCCAGGCGGUGGCAGUGCCCGUCACGGUUCAGCUCACCAUCGAGGAGCAGACGAGGGACCCGCCCUUCUAUGUCAGUGGCUCCUCAUCCCUCAGUGGCUUCGUCUUCGUGGUGCCGAACAUCACUGCCAUCCACCCUGCAUAUGGCCCGCUGGCCGGCGGGACCCAGCUCUCCAUCCGGGGCCGAAACCUGACCGUGGGCAGCAGCUGGAGAGUGACGCUCGCUGGGGUGGAGUGCCCUGUGGCGGGGCAGCAGAGCCCCACUGAGAUCCACUGCAUCAGCCCUGCAGCCAGCAACCUGCACUCUGUCCCCGUGGACGUGUGGAUAGAUGGGCAGCAGUUCCCUGCCCCGGAGCCAUUCCAGUACCGCCCAGACCCCGUCCUCCAUGACAUCUCCCCCACCUGCGCCUAUGAGGGUUCGGCCCUCACCAUCCACGGCACCAGCCUGGACUCCGUGUAUUACCCCAGAAUACAGUUUGUGGAUGCCAGUGUGGCGACGGAGGCCAAGGUGUGCAUGGGGCCACGCUCCCCCGAGCAGCUGGUGUGCCAGAGCCCAGCCUACCCCUUCGCUAACAGGGUGGAGAGUGCCCAGGGCAACCUGACCGUGCUGCUAGAUGGCUCCCCCGGACGCAGGGCCUUCCGCGUGCGUUACUACCCCCCGCCCCAGAUCCUGCCCUUCGAGCACGACGACCACACUUACCACCUCAAGUCUGGUGACCACGAGAUUGAGAUCCAUCAAAUCGGGCUGGAUGCGUUGGUGGACUGCAUGAGAAUCACCGUGACAGUGGCGGGUCGGGACUGCCACCACAGUGUGCUGAAGAACGAGGUGACCUGCUGGAUCCCCAGGAACCUGAGCCUCCCCCUGGACGGAGCCCCUGUGCAGAUCUGUGUGAAUGGUGCCUGUCAGGACCUGGGCUGGGUGGUGGCCACCAUCUCCCCGGACCCCCUGACUGGCAUCCUCUUGGGCACCAUCACCACCUUCAUGUUUGGCUGCCUCCUGGCAUUCCUGGUGCUGAAAUGCAGACGCAGGAGGAAGAUGGGGACCGAGAAUUUGGAGAUGCUGGUGAAUCCCGAUGGGAAUACCCCCAGAUUUGCCCUGCUACCCUCCUCCAUGGACUACCGGGAUGUGCAGGCGGUGCUUCCCCCAGCCGCCACUCCCAGAGGUGGCUUUGCCAGCAGGCGCUUCCGAGAUGCCUCCUACAUGGGCGGUAGUGACGGCUCUGCCAUGCCGCUCGUGAGGAUACCAUCCUGCUGCAUCGAAAACCUCCGUCCCGAGCUGCUGGAGGAGGUGAAGGAUGUCCUGAUCCCAGAGGAGCGGCUGCUAACACACCGGGACCGGAUCAUUGGCAAAGGGCAUUUCGGGAGCGUGUACCAUGGCAUGUACAGAGAUCUGGCAGAGAGGGAGAUCCACUGUGCUGUCAAAUCCCUGAACCGGAUCACCGAUGUGGAGGAGGUGGAGGAAUUCCUGAAGGAGGGGAUUCUCAUGAAGAGCUUCCAUCACCCCCACAUCCUGUCGCUGGUGGGUGUCUGCCUGCCGUGCCAGGGAUUGCCCCUGGUCGUGCUGCCCUACAUGAAGCACGGAGACCUCCGGCACUUCAUCCGCUCCAACAAACGGAACCCGACGGUGAAGGACCUGAUCGGUUUCGGGCUGCAGGUGGCGCAGGGCAUGGACUAUCUGGCCCACAUGAAGUUUGUGCACAGGGACCUGGCCGCCAGGAAUUGCAUGCUGGACCAGACGUUCACGGUGAAGGUGGCGGAUUUCGGCCUGGCCCGGGAUGUCUUUGAUAAGGAGUAUUACAGUAUCCGGCAGCACCGUCAGGCCAAGCUGCCCGUCAAGUGGAUGGCGCUCGAGAGCCUGCAGAUCCAGAAAUUCACCACCAAGUCGGAUGUGUGGUCCUUCGGGGUCCUCCUGUGGGAGCUGCUGACACGUGGGGCCCCACCGUACCCUGAGGUGGAUCCCUACGACAUAACGUCCUACCUGCUGAGCGGCCGGCGCCUGCCGCAGCCCGAGUACUGCCCGGACUCGCUGUAUGCGGUGAUGCUGAGCUGCUGGGCUCCAAGCCCCGAGGAGCGCCCCACCUUCUUCACCCUGAUCGGGGAGGUGGAGUGCAUCAUGGCCUCCCUGAAGGGCGAGCACUACAUCAACCUGAGUGCCCCCUACGUCAACCUGGAGCCCGGCCCAUCCAGCCCGCCGGUGCCUGACUCCGAGGACGAGCUGGCCUCCAGCGGGGAGGAGGGUGAAGCAGCCGCCACAUGUUAGGGGGCGCUCUCUGCCCUGUGGGGCACCAGGAACACAGUCAGAGCUGGCUGGGGAGACCUGGGCUGGGCAGCAUGUCAGGGGGCUGUGUCGACGCGAUGGGAAGAGGUGCCAGCGCCCGGCUGGGCUCCCAUUGGCACUGCCCGGCUGGGGUGUUGGAACGGGGAUGUUGACCACUGUUGUUUUUCUACCUGAUAUUUAUUGUGUAGCGAAGAGAUACAGGGACUAUUUUAAUACAAAGGAAACGUCAAAACCAA